AUGCCGACAAGAUUUUUACUGCUGGUAUAUUAUCUAUCUAUCUAUCUAUCUAUCUAUCUAUUGAUUUUUACUGCUGGUAUAUUAUCUAUCUAUCUAUCUAUCUAUCUAUUGAUUUUUUACCGCUGGUAUAUUAUCUAUCUAUCUAUCUAUCUAUCUAUUGGUCUGAUUUUUACUGCUGGUAUAUUAUCUAUCUAUCUAUCUAUCUAUCUAUCUAUUGGUCUGAUUUUUACUGCUAUAUUAUAUUCUAUCUAUCUAUCUAUCUAUCUAUCUAUCUAUCUAUCUGAUUUUUACUGCUGGUAUAUUAUCUAUCUAUCUAUCUAUCUAUCUAUCUAUCUAUCUAUUGGUCUGGUUUUUGUUUUAUGGCAUAUCAACCUCAAUGGGUUAUUUAAUGCCGACAUGAUUUUUACUGCUGGCAUAUUAUCUAUCUAUCUAUCUAUCUAUCUAUCUAUCUAUUGGUCUGAUUUUUACUGCUGGUAUAUUAUCUAUCUAUCUAUCUAUCUAUCUAUCUAUCUAUCUAUUGGUCUGGUUUUUGUUUUAUGGCAUAUCAACCUCAAUGGGUUAUUUAAUGCCGACAAGAUUUUUACUGCUGGUAUAUUAUCUAUCUAUCUAUCUAUCUAUCUAUCUAUUGAUUUUUACUGCUGGUAUAUUAUCUAUCUAUCUAUCUAUCUAUCUAUCUAUCUAUCUAUCUAUCUAUUGGUCUAUCUUUUUUGUUUUUUUGGCAUAUCAACCUCAAUGGGUUAUUUAUUUAAUGCCGACAUGAUCUAUUUUAUUGCUGGCAUUUUAUGGCAUAUCUCUCUAUUUAAUCUAUCUUUCUAUCUAUCUAUCUAUCUAUCUAUCUAUCUAUCUAUCUAUUGGUCUGGUUUUUGUUUUAUGAUUUUUACUGCUGGUAUAUUAUCUAUCUAUCUAUCUAUCUAUCUAUCUAUUGGUCUGGUUUUUGUUUUAUGGCAUAUCAACCUCAAUGGGUUAUUUAAUGCCGACAAGAUUUUUACUGCUGGUAUAUUAUCUAUCUUUCUAUCUAUCUAUCUAUCUAUCUAUCUUUUGUGGCAUAUUCUGAUUUUACUGCUGGUAUAUUAUCUACAUGAUUUUUUACUGCAUGGCAUUUUAUCUAUCUAUCUAUCUAUCUAUCUAUCUAUCUAUCUAUUGAUUUUUACUCUAUCUAUCUAUCUGGCAUAUUAUCUAUCUAUCUAUCUAUCUAUCUAUCUAUCUAUCUAUCUAUCUAUCUCAAUGCCUUUCGUCGGGUACCCUACGAAAACAACUCCUGCCACAUUAUCUCGUGCCAGUUUUAAGCUCAGUGCCAGGCUAUGUAAAUGGUUGGCACUUGAAUGA